AUUGGACAUUCAUCAGACCAAUGUCCACUAUUGCCUCAAUGGACUAUCAAUGAUAAUGAAGUUCUGCAGAAAGGAAACAUUACAGUGAUUGGUAUAGUCAACUCCUCCUGACAUUACUGUUUCAAGCAGGCUGGAAUGAUGCAAGAUCUUCAAGUCCGCUUAAUUUCUGCUGGAUUCACAAAUAUUGCUUUCCGUAUUAUUAACUCAAAACUGGCUGUCGAUGGAACUGAUGGAUUUGCUACGCUAAAACACAAGUCAGGGGAUAUUCCAGUGUUACAGGAGCCAAAAGACAUCACCUCUAGCAUUUGGCAAUCCAUACUGGAUGGAGGAAUUGAUCACAUACUUGUAUUGGACAGGUGUGGACGACUUGUGUACCAAGUUAUUUCACCAUGGAGUCUGCUAUCCUAUCCAUAUGUCAAGGCAGCCAUCUUGUCAACAUACAAUGACGAUCCAUGUGGUCCUUGCAAUCUUCUUGUCACAGAACAAACAAGAAAUAAUACUGACACAAGCAUGGAAGAUAAAACAAUUCCAAGAGCUGAACUGAGCAGUAGCAUAACUCUUACCAAGGAAAGAGGAACAACUAUUGCCAAUAAUACUAAAUUAAUUUUUACAAACAAUGAAACUGCGACAACUUUCAUUAAAAUGGAAUCAGAAAUAACCCUUAACAACACAAGGAAUGAAGAAAGUGGUGUAUGGACUGUGAUGGAACAAACAUUAAAUAAAACAAAAUCUACAGCUGAGAAAACUUCAGUAACACGACACUGUAACGUGACCCAACAAAAUCAAUCUGACCUGCAGGUAAGGCAGAAGCUUUUCGCAGCUGAUGCCCAGGACAGACACAAUACAUCAAACACAAGGAAAAGCAACAUGACAGGCUCUCAAAGGAAUAGUUUACUUAAAGAUGGUAAAUUAGUCCAGCAGACAGAAUCAGAACAGCUACAAAAUAUCUCUGUUCCAGUAGAUUCAUAUCAAAAGAGUCGAGAAAAAUAUUAUGAUACAGACCAAGCCGAUGCAAUACUCAAAGACAACUAUUUCAGUGCUACCUUAUCACCUUUGAUUGAAAGAAAAGAUGGCACUGUACCCAUUAGGAUUAUCCUGCAUUACCCACAUGAACACCGCCAUGAAAACGGAACAGUUUCAGAGCACGAGUAUAUUGUACUACAAACAGGUAACCCUGCCUAUCACGGACACUUAGAGGAGACAGUAAUUCCAGAACAGGAAACACCCAACAAGGAUGAGAAGGGACUUGAUUAUGCUGAUGAUGAUAAGCACACGCCAACAAGGAAACGGAAGGGAAAGAAUAACUAUGGUAAAAUAAAAGCAUCUAUUACUGGAGAAAUUAGAGACAUUACUAAAAACACUGAAGAGGAAAUUGCAGAAAACAUACAUCAGCAUCAGCACAAAGGAUGGAAGAAACAAAAGAGUGAACAAGCUAAUGGAGAAGAAACAUCAGAAGAAAUAUCUCAAGAUAUCAGGAAACAUGGUAAUCACCACGAUAACACUAAAUCUUCAGACAAUGUUAUACACUUUCACAGGGGUAAGGGUAGAAAUUUCCACAACCCAGGACAUCAUAAAAAACAUAAAUUAAUUGAAAUUAUAGCUGCUGACAGCACCAAUGGGACGGCAUCAAAAUAUGGGACAACAAAGGCCAACGGAAAUAAGCAAUCACACGUAUCAUCCACAGAAGGCAGGAAUGAGACCAACGUAGAAGUCAUAAAGAGUACCAACCGAAAAAACAGCAGUGUUGAAAGUAUUAAGAAAGAGGACACACACAGAAGGAGGCAUGGUAGUAAAAAAAUUAGGUAUGAACAUCACAGGGCAUCAGUGACUGAAAAAUUAAAUGCUAAUCAGAAUUCAAACACAAACACACAAAACGACUCCUCAGCACAGCAGCUGUUAAUACCACUGUCUAUCGUAUGGCAAAAUGCCCACAGACCUACAGGUAAGAACAAUGCGGAUAAUAAUUUUAACGAAGAUGACGACUCAAAUGAAAGUAAGUCAGAUGCUUUCAUGCCAAAACAGAAUGACACCUUCAAAACGGAAGACCUGCAAAAGUUAACAACGAACACAAAUGACUGUACAGAAACCAAUGUGGAUCAGGCAAAUGUGAAUGAACAAGAAAUACAAAGUCAUAGUUCUCAUAACAAAGUAGGUGAUAUCAGGAAACCAACUACAGGAAACAUGACAGAUGAAAUAACCUCAUCUUCAAGAGAGGACAAUGAUGAUAGUGAAAUACAAGGUGAUGAUAUUAUUAAGCAUUACAGUAAGUUAUUAAAAUGGAUAGAUUACCCAUUAUAAUUUCAUCUCUGUUGAAACUUUCAGGCCUUCUAUUAUGCAUAACAUUAUGAAAUAUCAUGAAUAUAUGUACACAUUUUUGUAUAUUUAAUGUUACUGAAAUAUUUGAAAUCUUGUUUCAAUUAUGAAGAACCUGUCAUAAAACAUUUAGCCAUAAUGUUGGACGGGAUUGGAUGCAUCUCAGAAACAAGAAACAAACAUUUCAAUAUCUGCAUUAAAUAUUUUCAUGUUAAUAAAUUGUGUAUAAUAAAGAUUACAAAUUGUAAUAAAGAUGUAAUAUAAAAGUUA